GCCUGCAUCGAGAAGGGUGCCAAGCAGCACAAGAUUCCAAUCUGGUGGUUCAUUCUCCAGCUCUACCUAGAGGCUCUGGCCCUCAAACUGGGGAGAAAGGUCCUGAGUAGGCAAGAAGCCAUUCACGUGUCAGACUCACUCGGUUUCCCUGAAGGGGAACUCGAUGCUGCCCUCACUUUCUUUGACAAGUUGAACAUCUUCCUCUACAAGAAGACCAUUCUUCCCGAAGUCGUCUUUACCAAUGCUCAAGUGCCUCUGGACAACCUGUCAAAACUGGUGGAGAAGCAGUACCAUCUGAGGGCUGCUAUGGCUGAUCCAACAAAAGCAGCUGAUCAUGCAAUCACAGGGGACUGGCAGAAGUUUCGCGACAACGGAAUUCUCACUCUUGAUUUCCUUGAGGACUUCAAGAACCACUAUGUGGAGGGGAUAUUCACAGCCAGAGAUUUUCUUGUCUUGCUUGAAAAGAGCCUCGUGAUUUCCCGACUGUCUAGAACUGAAUACUUCUUUCCUGCCAUUCUCAACAUGACAACUGAAGCAAAGAUCAGUGAAUGCCUUGAAACGUGCAGUAGGACCAAGAUAGCAGCUCUGGUGGUGGAGUUCCCCACUGGCUGGGCUCCUCCCGGUGUCUACUGCUGCAGUGUGUGCCACCUUCAGUCCCACUCUGGCUGGGAGGUGGUGGAAAACAGACGCAUAAAACCACAAAGCAAAGCUUCCGCUGCAACCCACACCUCCUCAGGCUUGAAGGAGGAUAAGCUACCUCUCCCUCCACCAAGCAAAGGUUCCAGUGCAUCUCAUUCUUCCCUGUCGCGCAACUGCAUCGAGUUCGUUAAAAUCGACCGUCCUGGUUCGGUGACUUUCAUCGAUAAGUUUUCCUCUUUUGUGGUGUGUGUCAAUGUUGAUACCAGUAAGAUGCAGGGGGACCAGUUGAGCGAGCACUGCCAGGCCAUCAAGUCAGAGAUCCUAGCAGCAGUUGAAGCAGCUCUGAAGAACACACAUCACGAAGACACUCACGCGACAACAGCUUUCCUCUGCCCCCAACAGGACGAGUCAUGCAGCACAGAACUGCACGUGGCCCGCCUUUCAAGCAAUAAAAAGCAGUGGAUAUGUUCAGAGAACAAAGGAGUAUUUGACAGCCUCACCCCUGACCAGACCCUUUGGCUCAGUACAUCAGGUUCAGGAUGAUGCUCAUCAGGAGAGUCAGCCCCUGCAAGGAGUGUCCUUGCAAACCGGGUGGCAGCAGUCAUUCCCGACAAGUGGAAGAAAGUGGCCAUCCAGUUGGAGCUUAAAGAUGGAGUGAUAAGGGCUAUUCAGAAAGAUGAAGAUGACAGUUUCGACCAAUUCAUGGCUGUUAUGUACAAGUGGGAACAGACUCUCAGUAAACCAUUCACAUGGGCUACACUCGUCUCUGCCCUUCGGUCCCCUUCUGUGAAUGAAACUACACUAGCAGAUGAACUGAACUGCGAGUUUUGUUGAGUUUUUAUGUUGUUGUGCCAUAUAUACGACGUACAU